CCGCCGCCGCCGCCGCCAUGGACGUGCACUGCGAUUGUGCCGAGCCCACCGCGGUGGGCGAGCAGCCGCCGCCCUCGGGCAAGCUCAACAAAACCGCCUUCAAACUGUUCAAGCGGAGGAAAUCCGGGGGCGCCAUGCCAAGCAUCUUCGGCGUGAGGAGCAGCGGCAAAGGCAAAAGCGGCGAAGGGGGCGGCGGGCAGGCGGCGGUGGCGGCGGCGGGCAUGGUGAGGAGCAAGACCCACGACGGGCUGGCCGAGGUGGUGCUGGAGGGCGGCAAGAAGGAGGAACCGGGCGGCGGUGGCGGCGGCGAGCAGUUCGGCGGCGGAGCCAAGGAUUCCUCGUCUUCCUGCUCCCCCUCAGCGGCGGCGGCGGCGGCGGCAGUGGGCAAGUCGCACAGCUUCUUCUCGCUGCUGCGCAAAAACGGCCGCCCGAGUGAAGGCGGCAAAGGCGAGAGACCCAAAGGGCGCGGGGGGCUCAGGGGGCUCUUCAGCAGCAUGAGGUGGCACCGGAGGGACAAGCCGGGCGGCGGCGGCGGGGCCAAGGAAGACGAGGCCAGCGACAGCGCCGAAGGCCAGCCCAGCCUCCUCAUGCCCGGUUCCCUCACCGCCAGCCUGGAGUGCAUCAAAGAGGAGGCGCCGCGGUCCCCGCUGGCCCCCCAAGCCCGCCAAAGCCCUCCGGGGCCGGCCAACGGAGAACAGCUGUUAGCCCCCACGCAGGCCGCUGAGGUGAUGCCCACCCAAGAGAAGCAGGAGGUUGAGCCACAGCCCACGCCACGCACCCCCCGGGGAGAGGAGCCUCCCAGGAUCGAGUCCCAGGCGAAGGAGAGCCACCCGGAGCAGCUGGAGGGCGAUGGCCAAGGCACCAAGGAGGACUCAGCCAUAACAGGUGACAUCCCCAUCGAGCCUUCCCCCCCUGUUGAACCCGAGUGUGAACGCGGCCAAGAGACGGCGGCGGCUGCCCCUGACCCUUCCUCUCUUGAUCCACCCUCUGAGCCAUCCAUUGACCGUAUUUGUUUGAUGUUUGCUGACGUGACUUCACUGAAAAGCUUUGACUCUCUUACAGGCUGUGGGGACAUUAUUGCCGACCCGGAGGAUGACGUGGGAAGCGGCGGUGGCAGUGGUGGAGGUGGCAGUGACAAGAGUGCCCCUGGGGUCAGCAAAGCGGGGAUCUCCAAAAAGCCUCCUACCGUGGUGGCUUACCAAGGAGGAGGAGAGGAGAUGGCCAGCCCCGAGCAGGUGGGGGAUACGUGCACCCCAGAGUUUUGGGAUAUGUUGUCUCAAACUGAGGAGAAGUCACAGGACACACCAGGAAGGAAAGAAUCUCCAGAGGCUUCCAAAGAUGGCGGCUGUGCCAAAAGGGUUCCGGAUGGGUCAACAGCUGGAAAACAAGUUGGGCUGAACCAGAUUCCGGUUCACCACAACCAUAAAGAAGACCAGAAACGGAGGGAAAAGGAGCAACAGGAAGCCAUUCCCAGCGGUGAUGAAGGUUAUUGGGAUUCCACCACACCUGGGCCUGAGGAGGACAAUACCAACAGUAUCCAGAAAGAGGUAAUUCCCAGGGACAGUUACAGUGGAGAUGCUCUCUAUGACCUAUAUGCUGAUCCUGAUGAAAACCCAGCCACGGUGACUUCUGCAGAAGACGUCACCUCCGUGACUUGUUGCAAGCCACAGACUUCAGUAACUACCACAUGUCCAGCCAAAACUCAUACAACUUCACUCAAGGACUCCAAGAUACCCAUCAGUAUCAAGCAUUUUACAUCACCACAUGGCAGUCAUGGGCCAGAUACCACUAACAGCCAUCACAUUGCACACCAUCAGCCUACCAAAAGUGAGAUCCCUAGAACAAAAAUCCCGGUUUCUAAAGUGCUCGUACACAGGGCCAGUUACCGGAGCUUAGCUGGGACAACAGGUAAAGCAGCCACAUAUCAUGAAAGUGCCAAAAAAUAGAAGGAGAUAAAGAUGGCAUGCCAGCCUUUACAGGAACCCACUAGUAAGCAGUUUGGCAUCACCUAAAGGAAGUCACCUACUUGUGUAAGGGACAUGUGCUUCUGAAUUCCAUCUUGAUAUAUAGUAUAUAUAUAAAGUAGAUUCUUUUUGAGCACUUUUUUAACAUUUGUAUCUGCUUUUCUGAAGCACUAAACCACUUGGGAGGCCACUUUUCCAUGCCUUUUGCGGAAGCAGGACUUUGAUUAGGAAUAUAAUUAAUAAUGCAAACUUGUGCCAUGACUUCUUCAAAGUGGACAGAGCUAUGAGAGAGAGAGGACCAAAAGGAGUUUUCACGUAUAUAUAGGUUUUAGUUUUAAAUGUUUUUGGCCUAUACUGAGAAAUUAUGCUUGCUCUAAUACUGUGGGAAAAUAUCAAGCAAAAUAAUAAUAAUAACAACAGUAAAAUCCCAGGUAUUUAACCUGAGAUAUAGAGAGCACUCUCAAUUAGCAGCAGAUUGAAUUCACUUGUGAAAGGCAGCUGAUUAACAAGUUAGAUGGAUUUCUAUAAUAUAAAGAGAUAUUUUUGUUUGUCUGUUAGCUUUGGCCCUGUCCUAAUGUAGGUGGGUGAUGAAGAAAUCUAGUGAAUUCUCAGAUGUUUACACCAAUAUUUUUCCGAUGCAUAAAAUAAUCAGGUUCAAGGGAAUAAUUUUCCUAAAUGCCAAUAUAGAGACAACUACAACAUUUAAGCUGUUCUUUGUGUAUAAAUAGAUGCAUAUGUUACUCUUAGUGCUACAGUUUUUAAAAAAAAUUAAAUGUUUUUUUCUGUAUUUACUAGAGUUGAAGCAAAAUUAGUUUUUAUAGCUUGAUAAUUUUACAAUUCUAAAUGUAUGGAACUUCUUAAAAGUACAGUAAACUAGAGCAAAAAUUUAUAUGGGCUCUAACACCCAAUGAUAAAUGACUCUAGUGUUAAUCUUACAAAAGUAAUGAAUGCAUAAUACCAGAGCCAAGGUUUUAAUGCUGUUUUGUUUUGCUUUUUUGCAACCUCCUUGUUUUCAGAAAUUUAUAAAAAGGAACUUACGUUCACUCUCUUGCAGAGUGACAGCCUGAGGCUACAAACUCAUUUUCAAAAGUUAUUUUCAAACAAUAAUACAUUUUAUUUGGGAUAUUAAAGAAGUUUAGUUUCUUCCCUCACCCACCCCAUGUUUUAGGCUUAAAGAUUAUUUUACUUUAAUAAAGACAGGGAAAUUGGCAAACUGUUAGUCCAUUACAUGGUUUUAUCAUGGUGGACAUGACAUACAUAUUAAUGGCCACUGGAUAUAAGCCCUGCUUACUGAAAAGUAGUUACUGUAUUGACUUCUUUUCAAUUAAGCAGCAUCACAUGAUGUGCAUAAAGACCUAUGUUCAAGGUAAAUUGAAACAUCCUAGUGGGAAAACAGUGCUUUAAAUAACUAAAAAUAGAACAAUUCUAAGGUACUGUUUUCAAAAUGGAAAAUGCUUUUUUAAAAUUAAAAUUUGCUUUUAAAAACAUAUAUAUUCUACAACCCUAGAAAAUCUUAAAUUUACUUAUGUGAGUCAAUUAGAUUUCACCUUAGUGAAGUGUUUGUUUAACUUCUUUUAAUUGACUGUAAGUAAAUGUAGGUAUACAUAUAAGAGCAUUAAAGCCAUACGUUAAGAAAGGAAAGCUAGAAAAUAUGAAGACUGUAACCUUCCCGCUAGCUAGGUUGCUUAUAUCCCAUUGACUUAAUCAUUAUUUAAGCAGCCUCUACACAGGACCGCAGAAAAAAUUAAGAGCUAGUGUGUUUAUUUACAAAGGCCAAGGAUCUAAUUUAGGCACACCCAAAGGCUUGAGCAUGCUGUAUAGAUUCUCCCUCUUCUUUUAAAGAGUGGACAGCUGACCCUCAUGUGCUCUCACAAACUACUUGUACCUUCAGUUUCAUAAGUAGCUUGCUAUUUGGUAGUGGCAGGGGAGAAACACAACACCCAUCCCCUCAAUGGGCAUCUGGAAGGAGUUAUGCAGCUUUUUGGAUCCCAGCCAAAGUUGCUACUCACAGUGGUCAGGUUCUGAAGAACUGUGGAACUAGUUUUGUGAUUCUAAUGGAACUUUAGACAUUUCCCCAACCAGCAGUCUCCAUGUCACACAGUAAACUGAUUUUGCAAGUGAUUGUUGGGUGGUGGUGGUGGUGGUGGAAGCAGUUUGUUCAACAACAAAAAGUUAGGUUAGAGCAAGUCCCUCCUAUGAGCCUAAGUGGAUCUUUGGAUCCCAGUCAAUAAUAUAUUUUACUUCCAACCAUGCAGAUAGAGCUUAUGAUCCUCAAACCAGUUCAUCUUUGAAAGUAGUGGGAAUAUUGGUUAUAAUGGUUUUUAGAUUACAUGCAACAAGGUUGAGGUGGAUCAUGUCUUCCAUUAUCCCAGGGGAGGGAGGCAAGAAUCAAUCGAAUCUUAGCCUUUCACUUCAUAUUUACUUUGUUGCUGUGUGUUAGAGCCUGAAAGCUGACUUCUAAGCAUGCUUAAUUGGCAAUAAGUUCUGUUGUAAUUAAUGGGUUUCCCAAGAAGACACUUGUUUAGAAUCUGAGUGCUAACCUACUCAGGUGGGUUAUUUUGUAGACUUUCUCAGAAUGUGUGGUUGGAUGCAGGCGCAUCUAUUCACACAUUCCUAUUGUACAUAUGCAUGUAUAUUAUUAUGGACACACAUACUGUACAUGCACACACUACAGUAAUAUGCUAAAGGGCACAUACACUUCCAUGCACAGAUUAACAGACUAAGGCUACACAGCAAGUCUUGUCAAUUAUUUUGACAGUUACUUAUAUUUGCCUGGGAAAGGGAUUCAUAUUUGAACUGAUUGAGUUCAAGUUUUAUUUUUAAAAAGAUUUAGGGUGCAGAGGGUGAUUGACACCCUUGUAUAUUCCCUCCCAUUGAGAGCUCUGAAAGUUCACCAGAUUAAAUAGUUUCCCCUUGUAGCUGUAAUAUUCGGAAAGCACAGAACUUUAAUCCUAAUGAUAUAACAAACAGUUAUUCUCUAUUUUACAUCAGUGAAGGUCAUGCUCUCCUUUUGCUUGCCAUUUAUGCAAAACUAUCAAAAUGUUGCUUGUUUGUUUUGAAGGAGCAAUUGUGUAAAAAAAAAAAGUGGUUCAGGGAGUUGAAAGUUGAGCUGGAAAAGGGAUGUUGUGAUAUGCAGGAUAAGUUAAUUAGGGCAUAAUCCUAUGCUUGUUUAGACAAAAAAAAGUCAUACAGCUCCCAACACUCCUCCAGCCAGUCAUACUGGUUGGGGCAUGCUGGGAAUUGUAGGACUGCUUUUCUUUCUAAACUUGCAUAGGAUUUCACCCUUAGAGGUUGAAACAGUGGUGCGUCAUUUAAAAUACUAAGAAACAACUUUGCCAUUUGAGAGUCCUUAUUUUUCUCACAUUUUUCACCAUAUGCAUCUUGUUUAUCUGUAGCCUGUAUAUGUAUGAAGAAACACUAGAGUUAGCCAUAGAUAAGGUUUCCCUCACAUUUAUGACUAAGAUACACCAUUAAAAAUAUUUUGCCUUUCUUUCAUUUUCUUGCGCUUUCAUUUUCCAUUUUGUUGUUGCUUCUCUUAUGAAAGUUUAUUCUGAAGACCUAAGAUGUUAUACACACAACCAUUUUUUCACAGAAACAGCAGUAGUGCUAGCUGCAGUCAGUGUCUUCAGUGGUUAUUAACAACAUUUAUAACAAACAUUGUGCACGAGGGAGUAUUUCCACGAUAAAAAAAAUGAUCACAUGUUUUUGCUGGGAAGAGAAUAGCACCAUGCAUACAACUAGCUAACAAUAACAUUAUUUCUUGGCCAGGAAGAAAGUACUUUGGCUUAUGAUUAACACACUGAUGAUGUACCAGUGAUAGAAGUUUUGUAAUGUUGGAUGGAGUUAAAGUUUCCCUAUUGUAAGUUUAAUCAUGGCAAUGAAGGGAAAUACCAAGGUUGCUAUUCCCUUACUUGGCUGGCAGCUAGAAAGUAGGUCUGAAGAGGAGUUAAGGAAAGAGGAAGGAGUACGUUUGUAGCUACCGAUUGGUACAACCUGGUACAGUAGCAGUUCUGUCUGUUUAUAGUGUUUAUAAGUUUAUGACAAUCAUAUCUUGAAAAGAAAGCGGAGAAGAUAACUUGAAGUAGAGUGUUUGUGCAUUUUACCACAAUAACAUGGGAUUGGCUGGGUUACGAGUCAGAUCAAAGACUGUGUAGACAUAGGGAUGGUUUCACAUUUUAAAGAUACAGAAUAGUCUGUAUGAAUGGCGUAUCUGUAUGAAAACCACAUUCAUAGGGCACCUCUAUAAUUGCAGAUGGGUCUUGUGAGAAUGAGGUUUGCACAUGUCUGUCUCUGUCAGAGACCUGUGAAUUCCCUGAGCUGUUGCCAAAGUUUCAAGUCCAAGGCACAUUUGGGAGCCAGGAAUAUGUGAAACUCAGUUCUCACAAGAUACUUUGGCCUGAAGGGAAACAAUGGAAAGUUCUUCCCACAACUGCAAAAUAUAGCAUGUGGAAAUGACACAUUACUCUGGUUUUAUGAGAGUUAAUUGUAUCAGUGCUGACUUUGAGUAUGAUGUUCCCCAUUCACUCAGAUCGGAAUCUUUCAUUAUGUGCUUACAUUUUGCCUUGCCCCAAUCAGCACCGUUACACUCAACCCACAUGCUGCUACAAACCAGUGUCUUAAGAACUGGUCCUUAAUUAUUUGUAAAACAUCAUUUCAUACAGUGCAAUCUUAUGCCUGUUUACUCUGAAGUAAGUCCUAUUGUUUAGUAGUCUCCCUGCCCCACCCCAUGCAAGUAUGCAGAAGGUUGCAGCCUAAAGUGGCUAACAAUUUUUAAAAUGUUUAAUUCUGGAACUUAUAAAGUGUAAUUCGUUUUUGCCAGGAUGCUUUUAUUUUUAAUAAUAAGAUUAUAUUUGUAUGCUAUAAAUAUAAGCAGUGCCUAGGACAAUGCACUGAAAGGGAUGUUCAACAAACUUACAUAGGAUAUAUUUCAUUCCCUUUUGUUACCUGUAGAACACUCUGAUAGGUUAAUGAUUGAGAAAAAUGGUGAAGUGCUGGCAUUAAAGGAAUGAAACAUAAGGAUAUUAUCAUCCUGGAGGCAUUCUGUAGACAUGUGCAUUUUAAUCACAGAGAUUCCUGUAUUUCUGCAGCCUGGAUAGGCAGAAAUUAUAUUCCAGGUCCCAAAGAUGCUGUAUUGGUUAAAAACGAUGUCAUUAUUUUUAUUCUCUAAAGAUGGCUUUAUUUGUGUAGAAUUCUGUUAGGGAUGAUGCUUGUACAGUUGUUAACCCUAUAGAUAAUAUGUAAAGAGUGUGUUAGAUGAACUGUAAUUUGGCAUUUUAUACUCUUUGCACUUACAGGUCACCUGGUACAAUUUAUAUGUUCUUAGAAAAUGUUAUAAAAUACUGUAUAAUUCCAGUAUUUUGUGUGGCAUAUGUUUUUAAAAGGAGGGCUCCCCCCUUUUAAUAGUGUGAACUUCUUUGUGUGAUUUUAUUUUGCUCCCAUUGGUGAAACGUUUGUUUGCGAUAGGUGUGGUCUGCAUCUGAGAUGAAGACUUCAGUUCUCCUCUCAGUGCACAGACAUUGCUCUCUUUGGCAGGAGUCCACAGCCCACUUAUUCUGGAGCAGUUCAAUUGACUUUAGCCUGGGAUAAAUGGUACGUGGACUGCUGCCAUUAGCACUCAUAGGAAUAAAGCACAUGCAGUAUAUUUAAGACAGGCCUUCGCUUUACAAAGUAGACACAUGAUCCGUUCCUGAAGAAGUGAACUGGUUGCCCUCUAAAAAUCUCUGCCACAAAGUCCUAGAUUAGCAACGAACAGAAUCAGUAGGUUUGUGUGUAUCACCUUCUCCUAUGAAAAUUCCUUCCCUGGUUAAUUUUUCAUGUCCUCUACUGAAUUAUUUAUCUAGACUAAAAUGAUAUUGCACCAAAGUCUUUGAAAUGUCUGAUUCUGAGGGCAAUUUCAUCAUAGUGCUUCUGUUCCAGAGAAACCAAAUCGUCAAUGCUUUGCUUAGUGAAGCAGAACUGUUAGUUGGUCUGGAAAUUUAUGGGACUGACCAAGCUCAAAGGAAGCUGUUGAUUUGCAUCCUGGGCGCACUCAGAAACUUUUCAUCCUGCUAAACAGCAUGUUCUCCCCCUAAAAACUUUUUUGUUUAGAUAAUGCCGUAGCUGAGGCAAUUUAAUCUUACAUUUGCUUUAGAAGUUACAUAUCUAUUUAACAGCAAAAAAUGUAUAGUUUUUAAAGAAAUGGGGUUGUUAGCAAAAAAAAUUGUUAUUGAUAUGAAAAUAUGUUGCUUUUUCUUUAGGUGAGGAAGAAACAUACAUAUGAAGGUUGUUUAAGAAUUGUAUAUUGACAUUUUAUGCAAAGCACAGCAGCAGUGUGUUCCACACCUAUUCCUUAGGCAGAAAUCACCCAUUUGCCCGUGUAUAAUUAUACUGACACUAUUACCAGUUUGAGUAGUAUAAUAGCAGUGCAUUUUAAAAUAAUCACGGGAUAGAUUCUGCUCACUUCAUUGCUAUUGAUUACCAUGGAAAGUCGUAAUUUAAAAUCAGUUGGUGGAUAUGUGAAUUCUACAAUAAAUUACUAGUAUUCCAGCUUUGUACUAAACAACCAGGCUUGGCAUGGGAGUGCCAAUUCCAUUACCAACCAGACAUGGGGAGGGCCAAUUUUGAUUGAGGUCAUGGCAUGGUGGAAGGGGGAGCGUAACCCUUUGACCCCAGGCUACAGCAGCAAUCCACUCCACACUACCCAAAAGCUGCUUUUAGCUAUGGAGGAGAAAACGUACAAGCUUAUCUGCUUAAGUCUGUAGGUUUUCUCUUUCAUAGCUAACAGAAUCUUUGGGCAGGAGACAUUUUAAUUCAGAAAAUUGGGGUGGGUGCAAAGGGGGAGACUACAUCACAGCCCCCUCCAACCUGGCUGCUUUCUAUAAAGAAAAAAAAAUGGGGCUCCAAUCACAGGACUCUCGCAUCACAUGUAUUUUUACCCUGAUACUUGUAUAAUCUAGGGUGGAUGUGAAACAAUGGAGCCCUUCCCAGCAGUUUAUUUAUUUAUUAAAUUUAUAUACCGCCCCAUAGCUGAAGCUCUCUGGGCGGUUUACAAAAGUUAAAAACAGUGAACAUUAAAAAAGUAUACAAAAUUUAAAGCCAUCAAAAAUAUAAGAACAACAGUAUAAAACAGUAUCCAUUUUUAAACAACAACAGUUCUGGGGUCCAUUAAAAAACAAACUUAGCAUAUGUUGUUAAAUGCUGUUAAAUGCCUGGGAGAAGAGAAAGGUCUUGACCUGGCGCCGAAAAGAUAACAAUGUUGGCACCAGGCAAGCCUCAUUGGUUCAGUUACUGUACUGAAACAGAUUGGGAGGACUCAUCUUUCAGAGGAUCCAAUCUGAGAGCUGCAUCAAACAUCAUGUUGCUUGGUAGCACACCUUAUAUAUUUUAUAUGUUUCAAAAAUACGGGUAUUGCCAGAGAGCCAGGACUGGCUAUAGUUCCCAGUUAUGUGUGCACUUGGUGUCAGACCUGAUUUUAUGUGUGAAGCCACCUUGUGUACCAACUGUGAUGAAAGUUAAAAUAUAGUGUGUGGUUACAUCAGAAUAUUUAAGGCAUCCUAGGCCAUAGCUAGACCAGGCCAAUAUCCUGGGAUCGUCUCAGGAUCAUCCCUGUGCAUCCAAAUGACACACAGGGGAUCCUGGGAGCAGGCAGGGACGACCCCUCCAUUUGCCUGGGAUACUCCUUAGGUCUAGCUAAGGCCCUAGUCUCUUUUCAGUAUAAGAGUUGUAAGGAUUAAUCUAGACCUGCUGAUUGUGUAGUUAAACAUCCCUUCCUCGUAGGCUUAAGAUGUUUUGAAAUCUGUUUGUUCUUCCUCUGCUUCUGUUUUCAUACCGUGUGCAGCAUUUUCAUGGAAUCCUCUGGAGGUGAUUGGCUUGAAUAGGCAAAGGACCCCUUUUUCUUUUGCUCAUAAAGACGACAGGAAUCAGGAGGAAGGGAUGCCAGCUAUUAUUUACCUUUCAAACCAGGGAUUGUGGGUCAUGGAAAAGCCAUGCUACCUAGUGGUAGAAGAGAAAAGGAGCAGGUACAAAGUGCUAGGAGAACAUGGGAGUUCCAGCAUAACUUUUAGUUCAUAUUGCUCACUGAGCACAGAGAAUGCUAUUAAAAUAAUAUGGGAGCUCUGGUGAAACAUGGAAUCCAUUUGCAUCACUGGUGGCAACACAUCAACGUGCCAAUCUACUUUUUGGUGGGCCCUUGAUAAAUGCCGCCUUUAUGAAUAGGACAGAGCCUAAAGACAUAAAAGAGCGCAUAACCUCAUUGCCAAAAUACUGGUGGUUGUCCACAUCUAUGCGCCUAUGAAAUUCAAAUCCCCCUAAUCUGCUGUUGUUUACCAUGGACUGUGAGCAUUACUGGCUAGGAGUAACUGGUUGUUCACACUCCAGCAGCACAAACCACCUUCACACACACACACACACACACACACAUAUUCAACAUUAACUAAUGCACUCUUCAUACAGUUCUUUCUCCUCUGAUGUUGCAUAGAUUCCAUCUGUAGUUUUAACCUAGCCCCUUCCAGCACCAGCAGCGCAUUUUUAAUGUGCCUCCCUCCUGCUGCCACUAUGUAUUUUCUCAUUGCCUGCUGUGUAUACUCCAUGCACAUCCCUCUUGCUCUACUGCCAGCACUGAUUACAUCCUGCUUAUCCUUCAUGCUUUAUCUGUGCCCAUCCCCUUUUGCCCAACCAGAAAUGCAUUUUCUGGGAAAAAUUCCCUCCCUUCUCUUGCCAAAUACAUGUUCUCCCUCCAUAGCCAAGCACACUGCAGGCUGUACAUGCAUUUUCUUAUGAGCAUGUCACACAACAUCAGUAGUGUAUUUUCGAUGAAUUUUCCCAUCAGUGCACUAUUUAUGAGCAACCCACUCCAUGCUGCUGCCUCAUGCUCCUAUCUCCUUCCUCCGAAACGACACAGCCUAAAUUUAUUAACCUUCAAGGAACAAUGUAUAGCUCAUAGAGGAGGAGAAAUGCAGGGUUUGCUAGGAAAUGGUGCUGUUGUUAGAAGAUACGUUUUGUUUAGGAAGGGGUGUCACUGCAUUGUGGAAAGCCAAAUUAUUACAGUAUAUGAUAUGGUAGUCAGCGCUGCUGGCUUAUGUUAGAUUUAUCUCGAUACAUAAGGACCAGAAGUGUACAAAUUACAGUUGCUGUCAGGGAGUGAGGGAAAAAUUUGUCCUUUAAUGAGCUCAUUGUUCUGACUAAAAUCAAUGCAGUCAGAGCUUUAGGGCACAUACUCCACGUCACUUAAUAGACAAUAGUCAGCACCUUUAGAAACUUCAACCAUUCUUUUAUGCACAGCAUAAUUGAAGAAUAAUGAAAGAUAUGCUUCCCCUACCACCCCACCCACAGUUUCAUGACCUAUGUCUGUGCAGCAUACAUUUAACCUCAUUGGUGAUAUAAAACCAGAAACCCUUAGUUAUUCUGGAGCAAUUAAUCCAAAAUAAAAGGUUUUGAUUUUAAGUAUGUGCCACUGAAGCUGAAAUAUCUAACCUUCCAUAUUUGAAAGGAAAAAUAUACAUUUUGACACCAAUGAAAAUCGAAUCCAUGAACAAUCUUUGAAUACACACCUCCGCUUCUAUGUAAACAAUUGUUUCACUGUUCUACAGAAAUCCACACUGUUUAGUAGUUGUGCUAAUCUCUCUCUUGUUUUCCUGAUCUAAAUGCAAAUCAUGUAUUUCUUUUUUCGUUGUUGUUGUUGUUGUUGUUCCAUUUUAACAAGCAACUCACUCCAGGACUUGACCCUGGCAUUCAGCAUGUGCAAUUUGAAGCUAACACAAUCAUUGCCAUCCUUAAUUUAGCUUGUGAAGGCAGAAAUGGGACCAGAUCCUUGCAAAGUACAGUGAAUCCUAUGUGCUGUCUACAGUGUCACUCUGACUGCCUUCAUUUUGUGAUUUGUUAAUACGUAUGUUUUUUUAAAAACUUUAAUUACAGUUUCAAGUAAAACAAAAUAUUAUUUAGCAAGUUGAUACAGUUGGUUUGAGAUUG